AUGCCUGAAGCAAACAGAACCCAAAUCACAGAGUUUUUCAUCUUGGGUUUCCCUGGACUUCUGCCACAAUACCAUUCACUGGUUUCAGCUCUUUUUUUUCUCAUUUACGUGGCAAUUCUAAUUGGGAAUGGAUUUAUCGUUGUGGUCAUCAUCAUUGAGAAAAACCUGCAGAAACCCACCUAUCUCAUCUUCGGGAACCUUGCAGUGGCAGAUUUAGCUUUCAGUACAACUACAUUGCCCAAAAUCAUUGCCAGGUACUGGUUCGGUUCCCAAGCUAUCCCUUUUUCUGCUUGUUUCCUACAAAUGUUUUUUGUCCAUUACUUGGGAUCAGUAAAUUCAUUUCUUUUAAUGAUAAUGGCAAUCGACCGCUACAUUGCAAUAUGUAACCCUCUCAGGUAUCCAAUGUUGCUUAAAAACACUAAUGUAUUCAUUAUGUGUGCUUUUUCAUGGGGUAUAACAAUAUUUAUAGUAGCUAAUUUAGCCAUUCGGGCAGUCACUUUGCCUUUUUGUGGGCCCGAUGUUAUUGUACAUUGUUACUGUGAUCACAUAGGAAUAACCAGGCUUGCUUGUGCAGACAUCAGGUCCUAUAGCUUAGUGGCUUUAAUUAGUGCCAUGCUUGUGUUGUUCGUUCCCCUUUUCUUUAUAAUAUUUACUUAUGUUCAGAUCAUUCUCUCUGUUAUGAGGAUUGCGAGCUCUGAAGGGAGAUACAAAGCAUUUUCCACCUGCUCUUCUCAGCUAUGUAUUAUAGCUCUCUACUACCUUCCCAGGAGCUUCGUUUAUCUAGCAAAUGUUGUGAAUAUUACGAUAAACACUGAUUUCCGCAUUGUCCUGAUUCUGACUUACAGCCUGGUGCCUCCCAUGAUAAACCCUCUGAUUUACUGCUUCAAGACAAAAGAAAUCAAACAGAACCUAGUCAAAAGGUUAAGAUUUAAAACUGCUGAAAACCGGAUGAGAUGUACAGGACUAUCCCACCCCACUGCUGACACCAAUGAAGUGCUCUCAAGUUCACGUAGGUAUGCGCCCACGCCUCUGCUGCCUCAGGUCAACCCCCCACCUGGGCCUCUGGCAUCACUAAACAGGGACCCAGCCAAUUGA